AUGAUACAACUGACAACGGCUGUCGCGAUAGCAGGUACAUGCUCGGUAAUCUUCAUGGUUUCCGCAGUAGUGAUUACUAUCAUUUGGAUCAAGAUUCGCCAGGAACGCAGGUCGCUUGCGCUGAUGCGGACAGCACACCGACCUUACGCUCAUGGACUCUCAAGCUUUCCUGAAGAAACAUACACUGAGUUGUCGCGCGAAGAAGGCUCCGCGCUGAGGCAGUAUGGACAGCUUCCAUAUGGUAGACCAACCGAAUGGGGUCUACUGGCCUCGAGGGAAAGCCUCGAUCAAUUAUCAGGCGACAAGUCACCGUUCGAGCUGCUGAAGAAGACGCGCAGCUUCUCCCUCAAGCACUCCCUAUCUUCCAAGUCGAAACGACUGUCCAAAAACUUGGCGACGCUUGGCUCAUUGACGACGCUGGCAGAAGCUUCCGAACGGCCCCAUUCUCAGGUGUCAGUUUCGAAAGAGAACUUGAUCGUCUCGGCUGUUGAUGGAGUCCUGGAACUUCCGACGGAAACUACACCCAGACAAACGCCGGAACGGGAGGAUAUUCAGCCAAGUAGUGGCAAUAACAUCCGUCCUGUCUCGGGUGGGUGGCCGUUGCUUCCGCAGAAAGAACGUUCCAAUGCGCUUUUCCCUGUUUUCGAGGAUCACCACGAAGGUGCUGACCCUAACGUGUCACGGAACCGAGGUGGCAGCAUCACAUCUCAAACACCUGGAAUGGCGCCGGAUCAGCCCGUUCCACCCCCUCCUUGUGCAUACCCUCCGAACCGUUUCCGUUUGUCGAAAAAUGAUUCUAUCCGAUACUCGUCCGCCAGCCUUGAAACAGCAGAUAGCUCGAUCCUAGACGACAGUCGAAGAACUUCCGCAAACAUCGAUAGCAGCCUCAUAUCCCCUGCGUUGCCGCCCUGCCCUACCUUUGCCCCAUUCAGUGCGAAUGACGUUGGGAAGGAAUAUGAUCGUAGAAGCUUUGCGGCCAACGCGGCUCCUUUUAUCUUCCCCCCUAACUCUCCCGCGCGCAAAGGGCAAAGAGUUGACUCCGAGCGUCCCUCUCCUCGUCGCAGCCUAACUGCAUGCAGCCCUACUCGUUCGUCUGAGCGGGUUAGCCCCCCACCCAGGCGAAGCGAAUCGUUCUCCGCUAGACAGUCCCUGAACACUACAUCCAAUCCUUACCUUGAUCUGGACCAUAUUCCUCCACUUAAUACAAGAGGCCACAACAGCGGCUUGCUGCCGUAUUCUACUCAGAUGCAGCGACACUCAAUGCAUGGCAGUCCACAGAGAGACAAUGACCCUUUCUACAAAGGGACAGCCGCUUCGCAAAGUUUUACAUGGCACCCGCACACUACAGGGAGGCGAGCGAGCAGCUUUCAGCCACAGGAAACAUUGUCUCAGGUCACAAAUGGCCACCCAAAGCCACCAUUGGCAUCCGCUAUGAAAAGCAGUGGACACCGGAAAGGACACAGGCGACAAAAUUGCGUUCGAAUCUCCAUCCACCCACCUAUUACAUUCACCGGGCCUGCGUUUUCCCCAAUGGUUGAAGAACCGGAAGAAGCUGAAGAAGUGGUUUUUCGCCGGUCCGAGAUAUCUGAUAUGUCUAUGUCAAAUGUCUCACGUAACUCCAGUGUUUCCGCCAUGUCUAGCGCAAACAGAAACAGUUUCCAAGAUGUCCAAGCAGACCGGCCCAUUUCCCGAGUUAUUGAGGUGCCCAGUGAGGCGCGCGUAGAGUCUUCUGGCAGCCCGGUGAAGAAGAAGAAAAGGCUUACACAGCCAGAUUCGGCUACUGCUGCAGAGAAAGUGCUGCCCGAGAUUCUCACAAGCCUACCAACGAGCACAGACAAAGAAAGCCUCUCUCAGACUCCGUCACCGGAACGAAACCCAUACAUAUGGAAAGUCCCGUACCAAGCCUCACCCACUACGCUCGAGAACCCUCCAACACAUGGAAGUCCUCGCCGAUCAGCAGUUAUGGGGCCUCGCACUCAGCCCAAGCCCGCACGCAAUAGCUAUCAAUCACUGAUUUCUUCGGAGAAUACCACCCAAACGACCUCACCCUCUUCAGCCCGCCCUGCUCGCAAUAAUACCGUGAGAAGUUCCAGCGAAAAGCAUUCCAUCUCCCUGCGACGGGUCAAAAGUGAAGCCAAAGAGCAAACACUACCGCGUGGCCAGGCUCAGCCCGGAGAAGGAACCAGCCACUACACCACCAGUCCCUCGUAUAAUACCGCUCAGCCAAAGAUUGCGGGAGCCCAGGUCAGCGCCAUAGUCCCUAUCUGGGAAGACCGAAGCAAGAGUGAUGCACAGAAGACGCCGCGACGAUCAACCGUUUCCCUCGUCUAUGACCCUCCCAACCUUAACGACAAGAGCGGCUCGUCUCCGCAACGCAGUCAAGCAGAAAAAAUGGCGCUUAUGUCGAGUUAUCGGAACUCCAAACACGGCUGCACGACGCCAGCGCGAAAGACCGUGGGAUUGGGGAUUGGUGCGAGUACUCCGGGAAGCCUGUACGACGGGGAUGGAUUUCUAAAAGAAUAA